UGAGGUGCAGAUCCUGGAUUCUGCGCCAGCUCUGUUACUGGACGCGCCCUCACUUCCGAGUGUGUGUUGGGGGUUAGAGUCAAUAAUAAUAACAGCAUCAGGGGGCUUAUGUUGUGUUGUGUCUGUGCUGCCAAGAGAUCGCGCUGCUAGGAGUUCAGAUGGCGCAGCUCUCGCAUGCUUUAAAGGAGUCAGUUUGACGUUUAUUGAAUGUGAGAAGAAAUGAAUAAACCCAAAAUGGCAGCAGAAAAAAGUGCUUCCCGGGUUCUGACGUUACUGAGUCAGCUGGAGAGGCUGAAUGAGGAGCCCAAAGUUUCUGAUAAGGAUGCCAUCCGACAAAUCACAGGAAAAGUCCUUCACCUCAUCCAGACCCAAGAGAAGACCCGUAAGGAGGUGGUGUCUAAAGGCUCUGGUGGGAUGGAGGUCAUUCUAUCAUCUCUCGAGAAUACACGGGAUUUGCAGACCAAUCUGAACAUCCUCGGUAUUUUGAAUGAACUGUUGACUGUGGGUGGAGGCCGUAGGACCGGGGUGUUUGUGUCCAAGGGAGGAACAGCGAUUCUGUUACAGUUGUUAGUGAGCUCCAGCAAAGACCCUCCUGCCAAUGAGGAACUAAUGAUUCUCAUUCAUUCUCUACUGGUCAAAGUUGGCCCGAAAGUGACAUCACUUCCUUAUUCAGACAAGAAGUUUGGUGUUAAAGCGCGUCUGAACGGGGCUCUGAAUGUGACUGUGAAUCUAGUGAAACAUAAUCUGCACAACUACAAGCUGUUAUUGCCAUGCCUGCAGGUGCUUCGGGUCUACUCAAGCAACUUGGUAAAUGCAGUGUCGCUGGGAAGGAGUGGCGCUUUGGAGAUCACGUUCGAUAUUAUUGGACCCUUUAGCAAAAAGAGCACCACUCUACUAAAGGUAGCCUUGGACACACUGGCAGCAUUACUAAAGUCUGGAAUGAAUGCUCGUCGCGCGGUGGACAGAGGAUAUCUUCCGACGCUACUUGCAAUCUAUCAAGAUUGGCACCGCAAUGACACACGUCACCGCCAUGUGGUCAUCCGCAAGAGCAUCCUGGGAUGCAUCAAAAACAUCACUAACAUUAAGCUUGGCAGGAAGGCCUUCAUAGACGCCAAUGGGAUGAGGAUCCUUUAUAACGCAUCCACUGAGUGCCUGCCCGUCCGGACACUAGAUCCACUGGUCAAUACCUCCAGCCUAAUUAUGAGGAAGUGCUUUCCAAAGAACCGCCUCCCACUGCCUACCAUUAAAAGUGUCUUUCUCCACCCGCUGCCACACGUCCCCGCUGGUGGACCAGUGGCGCAGCUGUACAACCAGCCGCCAGGAGUGGAUGAUGUGGUUGAUGAGAGCGAUGAGAAUGAAGCUACGGAGGUCGACACAGAAAAUGACACAGAAAAUGAGGAGGAUGAAAGCGGUCACAAAACACAGAAUGACGACAUAGAGACGGAUAUCAACAAACUGCGGCCCAGACAGAUCAACACGCGUCCGUUUGAUGAGCUCAGAGUCUACGAGCAUUUCUGUCGGGAAUUCACAGAGAAUUUUGAGGAGAAUGACUUUGAAAGCCCCAGAUCUUUCAUUUCUCUAUCAAGCGUCAACUCAGAGCUUCAUCAUGGUCCCAUUAUCAUUCCCACCACGCCGACAUCCUUGGGGCCUCAGGGAGACGUUCUGCUGCCCAACUCGGAUAGAUCAUCUCUGGAGCUGGACAGCAUCUCUAUAUCAAAAAAACCAGACGGCAAAUCGGACUGCGAUCUGGUCUUUAGUUUGGGUCGUCUGGUUCUAGAUGGUGCCGUGAAUGGAGGCUCUGGGGAUGGGUCUCAAGAUGAGGGCGGGGAACCGACGGAUCUCGAAGUUCCAGAUACAGCGGCACUGCUGCCACUGCAUGACCCUGACCUCUACUUGGAGAUGGUGAAGAGCACAAGCUCGGUGCCUGCCUACACAGAGGUGGCGUACCCAGAUUACUUUGGGCAUGUGGCACUCAACCUCCGCGAGCCCAUUCUAGAGAGGGUUUAUGGUGUGCAGAGAAUGAAGAUCUUCCAGGAUAUUGAGAGGCUCAUUCACCCCAGUGACAUCAUCGAUAAAGUUGUAUAUGACUUGGACAAUCAGAGUUGUCCAGUUAUUGACAAUGGGGAGUCUCUCAAGUUCAACUCUAAAUUUGAGUCUGGAAACCUACGGAAAGCAAUGCAAGUCAGAAAGUUUGAGUAUGACUUGAUCUUGAACUCGGACAUCAAUAGUAAUCACUAUCACCAGUGGUUCUAUUUCGAGGUGGGCAAUAUGCGCCCUGGAGUUCGUUACCGAUUCAAUAUAAUCAACUGUGAGAAGUCUAACAGCCAAUUCAAUUACGGUAUGCAGGUGCUCAUGUACUCCGUACAGGAUGCCAUCAACGGCAGGCCCCAAUGGGUUAGAACAGGAUCAGACAUCUGCUACUACAAGAAUCAUUUCUCACGAAGCUCCAUUGCAGCCGGAGGGCAAAAGGGCAAAUCAUACUUCACCAUGACCUUCACUGUGACCUUUCAGCAUAAAGAUGAUGUUUGCUACUUUGCCUAUCAUUAUCCAUACACCUACUCGAUGCUAAAGAUGCAUCUGCAGAAGUUGAGUGCUUUGAGUACUCCUCAGAUCUACUACAGACAGGAGGAUCUGUGUGAAACGCUGGGAGGAAACGGCUGUCCCCUGCUCACCAUCACAGCCAUGCCAGAAUCCUCCAGCGAUGACCAUAUCAGCCAGUUUAGAAGCCGUCCAGUGGUGUUUCUGUCUGCGCGGGUGCAUCCCGGAGAGACUAACUCUAGCUGGGUGAUGAAGGGCACUCUGGAGUUUCUCAUGAGCUGCAGUCCUCAAGCCCAAAGUCUACGAGAGAGCUACAUCUUCAAAGUCAUCCCCAUGCUCAACCCUGACGGGGUCAUCAACGGAAAUCAUCGUUGUUCUCUGAGUGGGGAGGAUCUGAACAGACAGUGGCAGAACCCCAACAUCGAGCUUCAUCCCACCAUCUACCACUCCAAGAGUCUCCUGCAGUACCUCAGAGCUACAGGAAGAACUCCACUGGUGUUCUGCGACUAUCACGGCCAUUCACGGAAGAAGAAUGUUUUCAUGUACGGCUGUAGUAUUAAGGAGACGGUGUGGCAGACCAAUAUUAACACCAGCACUGUUGACGUACAAGAGGACUUUGGAUACAGGACUCUGCCUAAGCUGCUGUCUCAGAUGGCUCCAGCGUUCAGCCUGUCCAGCUGCAGUUUUGUAGUCGAGCGCUCUAAAGAAGCCACGGCGCGCGUGGUGGUCUGGAGAGAGAUCGGAGUGCAGCGCAGUUACACCAUGGAGAGCACCCUGUGUGGCUGUGACCAGGGCAAAUACAAGGGUCUCCAGAUCGGGACAAAUGAAUUGGAGGAAAUGGGCGCUCAGUUUUGUUUGGCUAUGCUCAGGCUAAAACGCUUCACGUCCCCAUUGGAGCUCCACAACCACAACUCUCAUCUACUGGACAUGGAGAACGACUUAGACACACGCAGCAUCCCCAACAUCACCAGUAACACCACAUACGUGUUGGAUGAGGAUGAGCCAGCGUUCCUGGAGGAAGUGGACUACAGUGCGGAAAGCAAUGACGAGAAUGACCCCGAUCCUGAAGGGUAUCUCCAGGAUAACCAUGCUCUCCCGGACCCCAAUUCUGACUCCGAGCUCAGCCACCAAGACUCUCUUAACUGAAACCGUACCAGGCUCACUUUAGUGAACUCCCCUUUGUCGUGUCACCUGUGUUCGCCUAAUUCAUAGAACUUGUUCACAAAACUUACCUUAAUAAGUAUAACCAAACCACUUUUCUGACGGCAAACACAACAUAACAUAAUAAUGCAAAAGGUGCUUUUGAGACCAUGGCGAAUAUAGAUGCUUUUCAAGCUAUAGCGCUCUAGGUAAUGUUACAUAGAAAUCAUGCUCAUUGUUCCAAACCUGUUUGACUUUCACUCUUCUGUGGAACACAAAAAGAGAUGUUGUGAAGAAUGUUGACACUGCUCUUUUCCAUACGAUGAUAAUGUAACUAGUAUGUUCCACAGAAAAGAAACAAGUAAUACAGAUUUGCAAUGAUAUGAAGUUGAGUAAAUGACCUUUAAUAAGACAUAAUCUAAAAAGUGUAAAUGUAAUAGGUCCCUAUAAUAAGACAUUGAAUUAAAUUAGUUAUACUAAAAAAAAAAAAAA